CGUAAGAAGAUCGAUUGUUCACAACAUUUGAAGAUUCAAGCAAAUAUGGAUUCAAGGGAAUUAAUUAAUAGCGGAGUCAGAGUAAAGAAGGAACCCCGUGAUGACUCGUUUACGGAAACUGAUGAUCACGAAGUAAUUGACAAGACGUCUGAUGUUAAAGAUGUUCGAUUCUUUAGAGCAUAUUCAGCGCUUCAAGAAUGUACAAAAAAGUAUGAAACUGACGAAAUGGAAGUGGAAUUUGAGUGUAAAGACGUAAAGCUCAGCAUGAAUUUAUCUGAAGUUAAAAAAAUCGACGAUUGUUCUCAAAAUCCUUUUCAGCACAUCAAAGAUAGUGACUAUGAUAAGACUCAAAACAUAAUCAAAAUAGAAAAUGAGGUUAAAGUAAAAAAAGAAUUAGAUUUGAAUUCUGAUUGUAAAGUUAGCGAAAAAAUUAAGAAGAAAAGAGAAAGAAAAAAGUUCAACUAUAUGAAUAGACUCCAAAUCCACAUUGGUAAGGUGCAUAAUGGAAUCAAGCCUGCAUGUGAUAUAUGCGGGAAAAAAUUCUCAAACAAGAGUAAUCUCAAAAUUCACAUUGACACAGUGCAUAAUGGUGUUACUCAUACAUGCAAUACAUGUAAAAAGAAGUUUAAACGAAAGCAAAAUCUGAAUAGCCAUAUUAAAUCAAAACAUGAUGGUACUACACAUAAAUGUGACACUUGUGGAAAAUCAUAUUCACGAAAAAUUUAUCUCAAAAUUCACAUUGAUGCAGUGCACAAUGGUGUCACACACACAUGCGAUACAUGUGAAAAAAAGUUUGCACGAAAGCAUGAUCUGAAUAGGCAUAUUAAAUCAAAACAUGAUGGUGUUACAUAUACAUGUGACACUUGUGGAAAAUCAUAUUCACAAAAAAUUGAUCUCAAAACUCACAUUGACGUAGUGCACAAUGGUGUCACACAUCCAUGCGAUACAUGUGAAAAAAAGUUUGCACGAAAGCAAGAUCUGAAUAGGCAUAUUAAAUCAAAACACGAUGGUGUUACACAUACAUGUGACACUUGUGGAAAAACAUAUAAACAUCUAUUUACUCUCAGGAAGCAUGUUAAAUUAUCUCAUAAUGUUAUCCAUGAAUGUGAUAAAUGCGGUAAGUCAUUUGCAAAAAAGAAUAAUCUAAAAAUGCACAUAAAUGUGGUACAUAAUUCAUACACGAGUACCAAAUAAAUGUAUAAAUGUUUAUAAGUUCAAUUGUAUUGAAAGCGACGAUUUUAGAUCUUGUGUAUUUGUUCACAAGAUUAAUUUAAUGAAUUUCAUUUAUUAUGCUCUUAUAAAUUCUACCUACAUUAUAUUAUCAUCUCAAUACGUAAAAACAACGUUCAUGUUUUGAAAAAAAUCAAUAAAUUUUU